AUGAAGGAGAGCUCCAGAGAUACAAGUCCUAGUCGGUGCUCCUCUACCAGCAGUAGGUCCCUGGGUGAUCACUGGUCGCCUACUCGCAUCGUCAGCAACACAAUCACGGGCCCUUCUGAGGUGGAACGUACGUUCGAAGAGCAUGCCAAACAGCUCGCAGAUACCCCUCGGAGAGAGACAUUCUCGCGUUCGUCCUCCUUGAAAUCGUCGGAAAGCAACUCAGUCCCGGUACCGAACUCAGUCCUUCCAUCAUUCCCCCAUGAGCGUAUAGUAGCGUCUGGAAAUGGUAUCGUCGUCUUAAUCGGGCUUGCUGAACCGGUACUCUACCUCGAACGGGUAGAUAAAAGGGUGUCUUCAGACAAGAAGCGUGUGCUUACAGGCUCGUUACAUCUUAAAAUCACAAAGCCUACCAAAAUCAAAAGGAUAAGCCUCGGCUUCAAGGGUAUAGCUAGGACGCUAUGGCCUGAAGAAGUGUGCCCAACUAAGCUGAAUGCAGGUAUCCCCGGGAACAGGAAAAGAACAAGAGAUACAGAGACCGUCAUCAGCCUUAAUUGGGCUUUCUUCGAUGCUCAUUCUCGCGCUGUUAGGAAGGGCUAUGGUGCAAAUCAUAUCAAAUUCACUAGCUUGAGGGAGAAAGGGUCUGAAAAUAGCCCUGUUGUCGACAUAUCCGGUUUGUUGGAAUCAUCUUCGUCGCUGCCAAAGGAGCUCAAAAGACUUUCGCUACACCACUCGCGGUCGAAUAGCUUUGGAAAGGGGGAUACAAAUUUGAUAUCGGAUAUUAUGGGCCAGAAAGGUUAUAAGACGUUCCCACCAGGCGAAUAUAUGUACAAUUUUGAGAUACCAAUGGAGCAUCGAUACCCGGAAACCGUUAAAUGGGAUCACGCAUCGGUAAAAUACGAGCUUGAGGCUGUGGUCGAGCGCGCUGGCGCCUUUCGCCCGAAUCUUAUUGGCAUCAAGGAAAUACCCCUCAUCCGCACUCCAGGCGAUGACUGUUUAGAGCAUGUUGAACCCAUUGCAAUCAGCAGAACGUGGGAUAACAAGCUACACUAUGAUGUCGUUAUAACGGGGAAGUCAUUCCCCUUGGGUUCCAAGAUACCAGUAGCUAUCAAGUUUACGCCAUUUGCUAAAGUUGGCUGCCACCGUAUAAGUGUUUUCAUAACGGAGAAGGUUCAACUGUGGGCUCAUAAUAGAAAAGCUCACCGAGUGGCUAGUGAUAAGAUGCUGCUACUCUUUGAGAAGAGAGCUGGUAUGCCCAGCAAAAGUAUCUAUUCGGGAAGCACAAUGCGUCUCUCUGGAGGAGGCGAGCAAAUUGCAUCCAAUGGCGAAGAUCUAGCAAGCGGUGCGCAUAAUUUCUUAGGAAACAUCAGUCACGAUGGUUUCAGCCCUGGCACAACAGAGAUAGAGUGCGAGGUACAAUUACCGAGCUGCCCAGCUAUGAAGAAAAUGACAGAUCCCUCAAUGAAACUUCAUUGCGACGUGCAAUAUUCGAGCAUUGAAAUAUCUCACUCCGUUAAGAUCGUCUUCCGCCUAUCAAAAUGGGAUAAUGGGUCACCUCAAAGAAGGCGCCAGUUCGACAUCUCUAUUGACUCGCCACUUUGUAUAACGUCUUGCAAAGCGAAUGCUUCAAAUAUCUAUGUGCCUUCCUACAACUCACCGUCAUCCUACUACACAGAUGAAUAUGAGUGCGGCUGCCCAGAUGCCGUAGCUCUGUCGCAUGACGUGAAUCUGAACCCUACGCUCUCCUUGCCGCCUUCAUUUACAGACCAAGGCGUGCCAUCCCCUACAACUACUAGCGAGUCAAAUGAUACUUCUCAAAGCGACGAACAUCAAGACGAGAAUAACCACUACAAUGAUCCACCAACCCGACCCGUCCACUUUUUGAGGGCUCCAUCAUUUAACCCUCCACCAUUCGAGUCUGUUCCCCCUCCACCACCUCCUAUUCUAAGCCCACCGCCUGAAUAUUCAACCAUCUGUUCCGGCGAGUCAGGGAACAACGAAAUUGUUGACUAUUUUGCUCUCGCGCAUGCGCGAGAGGGACAAUACGAUGAUAACGUACGAGGAAGCGGGCGGGUCGAUAUACCGCUGACUCCUGGUGGAAGAGUCCACCGUAGUAUGGAUAUCCCUAGGGAAUGCUUGGCCAAUGUUCCACCAUUGCCAGGGCGGAAUGCAUAA